GUCUAUUUACUUUAUCUGUUGGUGCUGUUACAAAAAGCCUCUGCUUCAUAAGCUCAGAGUCUUUUUCUUCACAUUCACAGACGCGACAGUGCUUUCAGUCAUGAUGAGGAGCUCUGUGUUGUUCUCCCUGGCUGUCAGCUUUGCCAUGUUUGGAUUUGGCCUCUCGCUGCAGUGUUACUCCUGUCCUGACGGCUCCUCCCGCAGCUGUGAGGUCAAACAGGAGUGUAACCAGGGUGACGACAGCUGCCUCAAACUCACCAGUGGUGGAAAUACCUACACUGAAUGUGGGAGGUACGCAGACUGUGACUUCAUGAAUCUGGCUGUCAGAUAUUCCCUCCCUGACUUUGAGUUUGACUGCUGUAUCACAGAUCUCUGCAAUGGCCAAGAAAAAAGUGCCUUUCAGAAAUUUAAGGAUUUCUUUGGUUGACACAUAUAAUCUAAAAUCCCCCCAAAAAAGAAAGAAAAUAAAUACCGCCAAAUGUAGAUUAUUCCAUUAAACGCGGAAACUGUGGUACCACUAAAAGUGGCUAAACAAUAAAGUCUUGAAAUAAAAAUAUUGAUGAAAAUCAAAUGUCUUUGAGGUCUGAUGCUGAGGUGAGCGGAGCCUCAGUGAAACACAUAAAUAAAUUCUUUAUCUUUCUUUA